AUGUCGCGUGUGUACGUGGGAAACUUGGACCCGAGAGUUACUGAGCGUGAGCUCGAGGAUGAGUUCCGUGUCUAUGGAGUCAUCAAAAGUGUUUGGGUUGCUCGUAGACCACCUGGCUACGCUUUUCUAGACUUCGAGGAUCCCAGAGAUGCUCGUGACGCUAUCCGUGAUUUAGAUGGCAAGAAUGGUUGGAGGGUUGAACAAUCUCACAACCGUGGUGGUGGUGGUGGAGGGGGACGUGGUGGUGACCGCGGAGGUGAUCGUGGUGGCCGUGGUGGUGGGUCUGAUUUGAAGUGUUAUGAGUGUGGUGAGCCUGGUCACUUUGCACGUGAAUGCCGUAACCGUGGUGGCGCAGGAAGGCGUCGCAGCAGGAGCAGGAGUCGUAGUCCUAGAUACAGAAGGAGUCCAAGCUACGGACGCAGGAGUUACAGCCCUCGAGCAAGAUCUCCUCCUCCUUCAAGGCGCCGUAGCCCUUCACCUCCUCCUGCUCGUGGUCGCAGCUACAGUAGAUCGCCACCUCCCUACAGAAGGCGUGAGGAACUGCCUUAUGCUAAUGGAAAUGGUCUGAAAGAUAGACGCCGAAGCCGGAGCUGA